AUGAUUGCCGACCAGGACCUGGGUUUCUUUGCCAACAUUCUUGGAUUUUUUUUUGUGUUGGUGAUUGCUUACCAUUAUGAGAUGUCGGAUUUCAAAUAUAAAGCGAAUUAA